AUGGACCGCGAUGAUCUCCCUCCCUCAAUUAAUUUUCCCGAAGAGGAAGAGAAAAUAUUGAAAUUUCAUAACGAAAUAGACGUAUUUAAGACAUCUAAUAAGCUUUCUUCAAAACGUCCACUAUUUUCUUUUUUUGAUGGUCCACCUUUCGCAACGGGCCUUCCUCAUUAUGGUCACAUUCUUGCCGGAACCAUUAAAGAUGUAGUAACUCGGUUCGCCUACAGUGAAGGCCAUCAUGUACAUCGACAUUUUGGUUGGGAUUGCCAUGGUCUUCCAGUUGAAUACGAAGUUGACAAAACCCUCGGCAUCACGGGUCCUGCUGAUGUAGCUGCUAUGGGUGUUGCUGCUUACAAUGACAAGUGUAGAGAGAUUGUUAUGCGUUACUCGUCGCAGUGGCGCGAUGUGGUAUUACGAUUAGGUCGAUGGAUUGAUUUCGAUAAUGAUUAUCGUACAAUGUACGCCACUUUCAUGGAAUCAGUUUGGUGGGUCUUUUCUGAACUUUUCGAAAAAGGUCUCGUCUACCGUGGUAUUAAGGUUAUGCCUUUCUCCACCGCUUGCUCUACCCCAAUAUCUAAUUUUGAAGCCGGGCAAAAUUAUAAGGAUGUUCAGGAUCCCGCUGUCGUUGUUGCCUUUUCGGUUGAUGAUAGUGAAGAAAAUCUAGAACUUCUUGCAUGGACAACGACUCCAUGGACCUUACCAAGCAAUCUUGCACUUUGUGUGAAUCCUGAAAAUGAUUACGUAAAGGUUAAAGACAAGACUAGGAAUAAUCGAGUUUUCGCUCUCAUGGAGUGUCGUCUCACUUGGUUCUUCAAAAAGCCAGAAGACUAUGAGGUUCUUGAUAAAAUGAAGGGUGAUAAACUUAUCGGUCUGAAAUAUAAGCCGCUGUUUGACUAUUUCAUUGAAAUGAAGCAAUCUCGAGGAGCAUUCCGCGUUCUUGGAGACUCCUACGUUACUGAGGAAACGGGUACUGGUAUUGUCCAUCAAGCUCCCUAUUUCGGAGAGGAAGAUUACAAGAUCUGCUUGCGAGAGGGAAUAGUAACGCGUGAUAUGCCACCGAUAUGUCCGGUUGACGCCAGUGGUCGAUUCACCUCCGAAGUUAGUGAUUUCGUCAAUCAGUACGUGAAGGAUGCUGAUAGAAACAUCUGCCAACAUCUCAAAAGUGCUGGUCGUCUUCUGCAGCAGUCCACCAUUCAGCAUUCUUAUCCAUUCUGUUGGAGAUCGGACACACCACUGCUUUACAAGGCUGUACCAACUUGGUUCAUUCGAGUGGAGUGUUUAGUUGAACGUCUUUUGGCUAAUAACGCCAAAACAUCCUGGGUGCCGGAUUUUAUUAAGGAGAAACGUUUUGCCAAUUGGUUGCGAGAUGCACGGGAUUGGGCCAUCUCUCGUAACCGAUAUUGGGGUACUCCGAUUCCCCUCUGGGUGUCUGAUGAUCUGGAGGAGGUUAUCUGUGUAGGAUCCAUUGAUGAGCUGGAACGUCUUUCUGGAGUGCGGGUCACCGAUCUUCACAAGGAAUUCGUUGAUCCUAUUACAAUUCCUUCAAGGAUGGGAAAAGGCGAUUUGAAACGGGUCUCUGAGGUGUUUGACUGUUGGUUCGAGUCUGGAUCUAUGCCAUAUGCCCAGAUUCAUUAUCCUUUCGAAAACGUGGAGCGUUUCAAGAAGGGCUUCCCGGCUGAUUUUGUUGCAGAAGGUGUAGAUCAAACUCGUGGUUGGUUCUACACUCUCCUUGUCCUCUCUACUGCUCUCUUUGACCAGCCCCCUUUCAAGAAUCUCAUUGUCAAUGGAAUUGUUCUCGCUUCGGAUGGUCAAAAGAUGAGCAAACGCCAAAAGAAUUACCCGGACCCUCGAGGUGUGGUUGAUAGAUAUGGUGCCGAUGCUCUGCGUCUCUACCUCGUCAAUUCGCCAGUUGUUCGAGCUCAAAAUCUACGUUUCUUUGAAUCUGGCGUUCGAGAUGUUCUCAAGGAAGUCUUGAUCCCUUGGUACAAUGCUUUCAGAUUCCUCAUGAAGGCUAGUUCGGGCAUUGAGCCUUGGGAACGAGCGCAUGAAAAAUCCUUCAUUGUUCCUGUUGAAAUUUGGCCAAAAUCUCGCAACCUGAUGGACCGUUGGGUACUUUCUUUCACCCUUACACUUCUACGUUUCGUGCAUACGGAAUUGCGGGCUUAUAGGCUCUAUACUGUGGUGCCACGUCUUCUGCGUUUCAUUGAAUACCUCGUCAACUGGUACAUUCGAAUGAAUAGACGUCGAUUGAAGGGUGAAUCGAUGGAGGAUGAAGAAGACUGGUUUGCCGCCCUCCAUACUCUCGUUAAAGUUCUCACUCAACUUAUCUUCAUGAUGGCUCCUUUCGCUCCCUUCUUCACUGAGUUCAUCUUCCAACGUCUCAAAACUAAGCUCGAUUUCUCCAACUUCAAGAUUGAAAAUAUUAACGAAGUGCCUAGUGCUGUGGAUGAACAUGGAGCACCUGUGUCUCUACACUAUCUGAUCAACUUGUGGUACCCGGCUGAGUUGGACAAAGACAAUGCCGCCACAACUGAUGUUGUUGAUUCUGCCUUGGAGGCUCGUGUAGCUUUUAUGCAAGCUGCCGUGGAAGCAGGUCGUAGUAUUCGCACACGUCUUGAACUACCUCUCAAGGCUCCUCUUCGUUCGGCCGUUCUAAUUCAUCCCCCGGACACUGACGUUGUGGACGCACUCGGAAAAGAUGGUUCAGAUGGUCUGGCUAACUACGUCCGAGAAGAGCUGAAUGUUCGUCAGCUGACUGUCACCUCGGACAAGGCAGCUUAUGGAGUGCGUCUCAGGGCUCGACUCAAUCCAGCAACUGCUGGCCCACGUCUUCGUGGAGCGUUCAAACCAAUCAGCAAUGCAUUAUCGGCUCUAUCUCAAUCUGCUCUGGAACAAUACCUAGUGAAAGGAGAAAUGACUUUAGAAGAUGAACUCUUGUCCGGAGAUGAUGUGACGAUUGACUAUGUUGUGGGAGACUCCCGCGAAUCCAAUUCGUGUGAGGAAAAUUCCCUCCUGAAAGCUGCAAAGGGCAAAUUGAAGAAAACCGGAAGGUUGGCAACAGCGUCACCCGUGAAGGCAAAAGAAAAGCCAGAAGACGGACCACAUUGGGAAGCCCAGGCGUGGGAUGUCCCCGACGGUUUGGGUCGUAUCUUGGUACUCCUUGACGUGCGACCUGAUGCUGAAUUGGUAGAAGAGCGGCUCGCACGGGAACUUAUUAAUCGAAUUCAACGAGCUCGGAAGAAGGGUAAUUUGCUGCCUGAAAACACCAUCCAGGUUGUGAUUUCCACAACUUCUGAGUCCCUACGCAAAGCACUCUCUACGCAUGCAAUGUUGAUAGAUGCGACAGUAAAGCAGCCAAUUGCCUGUUGUGCCGAUGCAAAUGAUGAUUCAGGAGCUUUAACAACUGCCAAGGUGGAUGCUGAGGCCAGAGGCGAAAGGCUUGGAGAAUUGGUCAUAAGUGAAGCAACCACGAUACCACCAGACGACUUAAGCGUCACGAUCUUCCAUCGGUUGACAAAAUGUUCCAACUCAAAGUCACCAGCAAAUCAAAAACAAGUCAAAGCUCAGUCAAAUUCAAGUGCAAAUAGUCCUGAACGUGGUAGUCAGAGUCCUUCCUUGAAGGUUCGGUGUUCAAAGACGGGUGAAAGUAUUGAUGUGCGUCUUGUGGAUGCUCAUGGAAAGCGUCUAGUUUCUGAUGUUGUAGAGCUGUUGAAUGUUGUUCGAGGUGCUCUUGGAUGGGUGAAGACGGCGGAAAUGCGCUUGAUGCAUUGUGGUUCGAUGGUACAAUGCAACUCAACGGAGAACAUACUGAGGUUUUCCGGUUUAGAGCUAAGUUUAGAAUAA